UGCGCCGAUAUCCAGCUAAUGAGCAUUGAGCAAGAUGCGGAUGCUGUGCAGAGAGCGCGUUUCCCCCUCCCUGCCCCAGCUAAUUAUUUUCCUCCUCUCCGCCCUCCUUCCCCCAUUACUUCUUGGGAGCUUCCUCUUCUGUCACUGCUGUUACCUCCCCCUAUGGCCGCCUCCAUUCUCUUUUUAUUCCUCGCUUCUCUCUCUUUACUUCUUCUUCCCUCCCACUCCAAACUCUCCUUGGACUAUUACAGCAAAUCCUGCCCCCAGUUCCCUCACAUCAUCCAGGAUACCAUUACCAACAAGCAGAUCACCAGCCCUACCACCGCCGGCGCCACCCUCCGCCUCUUCCUUCACGACUGCCUCCCCAACGGCUGUGACGCCUCCGUCCUCAUCUCCUCCACUCCCUUCAACAGGGCUGAGCGCGACGCCGACAUCAACCUCUCCCUCCCCGGCGACGGCUUCGAUGUCAUUGUCCGCGCCAAGACCGCUCUCGAGCUCGCUUGCCCCAACACUGUCUCCUGCGCCGACAUCCUCGCCGUCGCCACUCGCGACCUCGUUACCAUGCUCGGCGGCCCCUACUACAAUGUCUACCUUGGUCGCAGGGACGGCCGCGUUUCCAUGGCUUCCACUAUCGAGGGCAAUCUCCCCAGACCAACCAUGCCAAUGUCGCAGAUCAUCGAGAUCUUCUCCUCCAGAGGAUUCUCCGUCCAAGAAAUGGUGGCCCUGAGCGGAGCCCACACCAUUGGAUUCUCCCAUUGCAGCGAAAUCAGCAGAGAUAUCUACAACUACAGCACCUCUUCCCUUUACGAUCCUAACUACAACCCUCGAUUCGCGCAGGGGUUGCAGCAGGCAUGCUCAGAUUACAAGAAGAAUCCCACGUUAUCUGUGUUCAAUGACAUAAUGACCCCCAAUAAGUUCGAUAAUAUGUACUUCCAGAACCUCCCAAAGGGUCUGGGGGUUUUGAAAUCGGAUCACGGGCUGUACAACGACCCGAGAACGCGGCCGUUUGUGGAACAGUUCGCAGCGGAUGAGAACAAGUUCCUUCAGGCGUUUGGACAGGCAAUGCAGAAACUGAGUCUCUUGGGAGUGAAGACCGGACGGAAAGGAGAGAUCAGGCGAAGAUGCGAUCAAGUGAACUGAUGUUUGAGUUGAAGCCAUGGGUAUGCGGGGAGAGUAAUAUUGUUAGUUUCGAAAUUAAUCCUUGGUUGCGAGCGUCAGACGGUGAUAAUUAUGUUCUCAUUCAUAUAUCUAUCUGUGAAGUUGAUAUUUCUAGAAGGAUCAAUUAUACAUCCACAUACGUAGUUACUUAGUGUGAGCCGGUUUAAGCUGUUGGUCUUUAAAUGCUUUUCGAUCAUCUCCAACUGUCAUGAAGUCCAAUAAAGCCCUCUUUUCCCUGCUCGUGUGGAUCCUAAAAGUUGGGAUUUGGGUUGACUGUCAAUGAUUCUGCGUGAUUGAUGCAAACCACCAUAUAUAUUAAAUCUUCAUACUGAGACGAGUAACUGCGCCUAAAUGAUGGGAACAAGACGAUGGAGAAAAUUUAGUAAUCCGAAUUUUGGUUUGAGAAUAUACUGCCUGUGCGAUUGCGAGUAGGUUGAACUUCACCGCUUUGGGCGUCUGAGAAUUGGUGUUUGUAAAGAGCUGGUUUUCAAAGCUCACGCAUGAAUCAAACGAAGGUCUGUGUAGUCAUUACGCAUGAUGUUAAUUAAUCGCUUCUUUUUCCUGUCUUGUUUGCCGGUAAGAGCAAUGUAGGUGUAAUACUAAUUGGUGCAUGAUCCGUGAUGAGUUUUGUUGAAGGUCAGAAUGGUGAGUUAGAGUGGAAUUUUGUGAUGGCGGGUUAGGAAUCUUGAGACCCUUUUGAUAAUCCCCAGGGCAAGCGCCCAUGUCAGGGUGAUGCUU